GAGAGAGAGAGAGAGAGGCAGAGGGAGGGGUUGGAGAGGGUGAACGCGAGGAUAGAAGGGAAUAGAAAAGAGACAUGGCUUCCAAGGAGAUAGCCUCCUCCUGUUUCGUCAGUGUAAACAGGGAAAUCACAGAAAGCAUCAGGAAAGCCAUUGACAGAUCGUCAAUCAAGUUUGCACGAGGCAUCAAGCUAGAUACGAAGAGUGGCAAAUCAGAGGACAGGAUACUGGUUCUUACAACAUGGCGGAUCUACCUCCUCGCUGCCAAGGUUCCGGCAAAGGUGGAGAUUACCUUUAAUUUCCUGGAAAUCCGGGCAAUGACCUCUCACCCCGAGCUCCAGGUUGUCAUAGAGACGGACAAGUCCGCCUACUCCCUGAGGCUCCAGUCGAGGGAACACCUGGAUCACGUGAUCAACCACGUGAACUUCGCCCUCUCGCGGAUCUUCAACAACUCGGUGUUUGCUCCAUCCGUCUGUCAUUCAGAAGGCGACGCCUCGGAGGGAAGCAGGAAGGUGUCGCCGAGUUCUGAAACGUCCGUGGAGACGCAGAGAGCCUGUGGUGGGUUUUCAGAGACAUACGCUGCGCUGUGUGAUUACAAUGGCAUCAGCUGCAAGGAGGAAGUGCAGUGGGAUGUGGACACAAUCUAUCACUCUCAGGACAACAGAGAGUUUAACCUGCUGGACUUCAGUCAUCUGGAAAGCAGGGACCUGGCAGUGAUUGUGGCUUCCAUGGCAUACAACACCUGGUUCACAAAACUCUACUGCAAGGACCUGCGCAUAGGGUCAGAGGUGAUGGAUCAGAUUCUUCACACCCUCAGUAAAUCCAGCAGUCUGGAGGAGGUCACCCUGGAGAACACUGGGCUCAGAUCGGACUUCCCUCAGAAGAUGGCCUUGGCUCUGUCAGAAAACCCCGCCUCUGUAAUCCACUCCCUCAACCUGGCGCACAACACGCUGGACAACCAAGGUGUGUCCAGCCUCGUCCAGCAGGUAUGCCGACUAAGCAAAGGCCUGCGUCUGCUCAACCUGUCCAAGACCUCCCUCUCAGCCAAGGGUGUGGUGUCUCUCGCCCAGGCUCUCUGCUCCAGUGAUGAUUACUCAAACUCGCUGCUGCACCUGGACCUCAGCCGCAACCCAGGGGCUCUGUCUGGAGAUGACUCCACGAACCUGUGCCUCUUCCUGUCUCAGCCAAACUGCCUGGUCCACUUGGACCUGUCUGGCACAGACUGUGCUGUGGAGUCGCUGUUUGGAGCUCUCUUGCGGGGCUGCUGUGCUGAUCUCUCCUACCUGAACCUCUCCAAAAACUCUUUCUCUCACAAGAAAAUGAAGGAGACUCUACCCAUGUUCCGUCAGUUCUUCAGCUCGGCCUUCAGCCUCACCCACAUCAGCCUGGCCUCCAUGAAGCUGCCCCCCGAUGCCCUCAGAGCACUGUUCCUUGGUCUGUCCUCAAACCCUCAUAUUAAUGACCUGCAUCUGGACAUCAGUGGCUGUGAGCUCAGGUCCACUGGAGCAGUGGUUCUAGAGGAGUGUCUCCCCAGGCUCUCCUCCAUUGCCACUCUAGACAUCUCUGAUAAUGGGUUGGAUGCAGACCUUCUCUCUGUUCUCCCGGCUCUGUCUCGACAUCCAUCCAUCAAACACCUGCUGCUGGGAAAGAACUUCAACAUCAAGAACAGGGUUCUGGAUGAAGUCCUACAGAAACUGGUCCAACUCAUUCAGGAGGAAGAGUGUGUCCUGCAGUCUCUCUCGGUGGCGGACUCGCGGCUGCGUUCUCGCGGGACGGUUCUGGUGAACGCUCUGGGCUCCAACGCCUGCCUGCGCCGGGUGGACCUGAGCGGGAACAACAUGGAGGACGUGGGAGCCAAGAUGCUGAGCAAAGCCCUGCAGAUCAACACCACACUGAGGAGUGUGACUUGGGAUCGCAACAACACCACGGCAACGGGAUUCUGGGAUGUGGCACGAGCACUGGAACAUAACUUCACCCUCCAGUACAUGCCCCUCCCUCUCAGUGAUGUCACCCAGGCAUACCGCAACACCCCUGAGAAGACUGAGCAGGCACUUGUCAAGAUCCAGAGAGCUCUGCUGAGGAACAACCAGACACAGCGUUUCUCCCAAAGACAGGCCCUGCGCCUGCACCAGGGCCUGGUCACCAGCACCGCCGAGCAGGUGAUGGAGCGCCUGUGUGUGCGUGUGCAGCAGCAGGUGUCUGUCCUGCGGGGGGUCGGGGAUGGGGAGGAGCUUAAAGCAGCCAAACAGGUGCUGAAGGAGGCCCGGAACUCCCGCGCGCUCUACCCCUCUCUGUGUGAGCUGGCCCAUGUGCUCUCAGUAGACGGGCCGGUCAGACAGAAGCUGGACUCGCUGGCAGGAGAACUGGCCAAAGCAGCGGACAAGGAGCUGCAGGUGAUCGUGGACUCCAUGGUUGUCGCCUGUCGGGAGCUCUGCCUCCUCCUCUCGGCGGCCGAGCGCCUGACUCCGCCCCUCUCCUCCGUCUCCGAGCGCGUCUCCAUCCCUCGCUCCACCAUCCGCUCCGCCCUGAUGGAGAGAGCGGCGCAGGACAUCCACCGAGCUCUGGAGGAGGUGAAACUGUCGGUUGUGUCUUAUCUCACUAACUCCAUAGUAGACCACAUUCUGCAGGACCUCUAUGCCACUCAGAAAGCCCUGACUCGACAGGUGUCGCAGGUGAAGCACUGGGAGGCGGCGGGGGAGGGGGGCACUGGCAGGAGAGCACACCGACACCGAGACUCUCUGGACAUCACAGACGAGGAGCUGGGCACCAGCAUAGACACCAUUGCCAUUAAGAAGCGAAGCUCCAGGACCCGGCGAAUUCGCCCUGUGUCCACCAGACUGAGUUUGUGCGAUGACUCCAGCUCCUCUCCCCCCGCCUCGGCUCCGCCCCUCUCCGCUCCCCUCUCCCGCUCGGCAUCAUGGGAGUGCCUGUCCACUCUGCCCACUCAGGGCGCGCCGCUGCAUCAUGUGACCCGGGUCAGGCCGAGGCCCCCACGGAGGCAUCGAAGGGCGCAUGCCCCCGUGGACCCGCAUUGCACAGAGAAUGGUGCUGUGACUCCGCUGGAUGAUGGACUUCCUGAUUUUUACACCAAGAGAGUCUUGCCUGACAGUCAGUUGUCAUGUCUGCAUAAAGCCCAGUCUCUCAGAAGAAAGAAGAGGCGAAACAUGCUGGCAAUCUUCAGUUUCCGUAGGAACCGCAAUUCAAUCCAAGCCAAUCAUGGGACAGAGAGCAGAGGAGGGGGUGUGGCCUCUGGAGAAGAGUGUCGGACGAUGGCGAUGGCACCCACUGGCAAUGCCACUGAAAACGUGUACACCCUGCUCCAGCCCCCAAGGAUUUCUGGGAAGGCAGAGCCCUCCAGGGAAGGCCCUGAUGGGAAGGUGGAGGACCAGAGGGGGGAGGACCAGGGGGGGCCGGCGGGAGUCCGGCCGGUGCAGGGCAUACCACUGCCUGGUAUGGGGGGACAAAAGCCCCCCUCAUUCUCACCUAGACAGAAGCCCGAGCCCGACCAGGAGCCGUACAGACAGACAGACAGACAGGCAGGCACAGACACACACAGACUGCAGCAGGCAGAGGUAGGCAGGCAGACAGUAUCUACCAUGCAGACAGACAGGCAGACAGUAUCUACCAUGCAGACAGAAAGACAGACCGCAUGUACCAUGCAGACAGACCGGCAGACAGUAUCUACCAUGCAGACAGACAGACAGACAGUAUCUACCAUGCAGACAGACAGACAGACAGUAUCUACCAUGCAGGCAGACAGACAGACAGACAGACAGACGGUAUCUACCAUGCAGAUUGAAAGACUGAAGGCUGCAGUCAUGUGGAUUGACAGACAAACAGCCUCAGUGGACAGACAGACAGUGUCAGCAGAUAGACAGACUGACAAACAGACAGUAUCAGCAGAUAAACAGAGAGAAUUAGCAGAAAGGCAGACAGUAUCAGUAGAUAGACAGACAGUUUCAGCAGAUGGACAGACAACAUCAGCAGAUAAGCAGAGAGUAUUAGCAGAAAGGCAGACAGUAUCAGUAGACAGACAGACUGUGUCAGCAGACAGACAGACAGUAUCAGCAGAUAAACAUACACACAGACAGACUGUAUCAGUAGAUAGACAGACAGUUUCAGUAGAUGGACAGACAGUAUCAUCAGAUAGACAGAGAGUAUUAGCAGAAAGGCAGACAGUGUCAGCAGACAGACAGACUGACCGACAGACAGUAUCAGCAGAUAAACAUACACACAGACAGACUGUAUCAGUAGAUGGACAGACAGUAUCAUCAGAUAGACAGAGAGUAUUAGCAGAAAGGCAGACAGUGUCAGCAGACAGACAGACUGACCGACAGACAGUAUCAGCAGAUAAACAUACACACAGACAGACUGUAUCAGUAGAUGGACAGACAGUAUCAUCAGAUAGACAGAGAGUAUUAGCAGAAAGGCAGACAGUAUCAGUAGACAGACAGACAGUGUCAACAGACAGACAGACUGACAGACGGACAAUAUCAGUAGAUAGACAGAGAGUAUUAGCAGAAAGACAGACAGUAUCAGUAGACAGACAGACUGUAUCAGCCAUACAGUCUAACAGACAGACACCACCAACAGUGCAGCCUGACAGACAGACAAUAUUAACGGACAGACAGACAGUAUCAGCAGACAGACAGACUGACAGACAGACAGUAUCUGUGGACAGACAGACUGACAGACAGACAGUAUCAGCAGACAGACAGACUGACAGACAGACAGUGUCAGCGGACAGACAGACGGACAGACAGACAGUGUCAGUCAUGCCGACGGCUGCAGUCGCACAUAUUGACAGACAGGCAGUAUUGUACAUGCAAGCAGACAGACAGACAGUAUCAGCCAGUAUCAUACAGUCUAACAGACAAACAGUAUCAAUAGACAGACAGACUGACAGACAGGCAGUAUCAACCAUACAGUCUAACAGACAGACACCACCGACAAUGCAGCCUGACAGACAGACAUUUUUGGCAGACAGACAGACAGUGUCGGCCAUGAGGACAGACAGACAGACACAAGGGCCACCCCCAUUGGUCGAGAGGCAGGCCCCGCCCAGCGCUCAGACGGACAGACACACAAGGCCGGGGGGACAGACGGACAGACAGAUGGGAGGUCCGCCCCUGGAGGAGAAGAGGCGAUGCCGAGGAGGUCCGGAGGGAGGCGUCCCGCUGGGGGGGAAACCCGACCCCCCUCCCCAGAGCACCAAGCCAAACCUGGCCAAACUCAGACAGAGACCCCUGCUGGACAGCCCUGGGCCAGAGGAGGAGGGAAGGACGGAACGAGAGAGAGACAUGGGGAGAAGAGAAAAGAAAGACAGAGAAGAAGACGUGGACAGAGGAAGAGAAACUGAAGGGCGACCUCCACCCAUCCCUGAAAAGAAGGGUAGCAUGCAGCCAAAUGUAUCCAGUUCUGUGACCACACCAAAGGAUGUAUCCAAUGAGAGGAAGAUCCAGCCUCCCGCUCCUCCUACCUCUAUCAAGCCUGUGCUAGGAUUGGUUACUGGGGCUGUCUCUCAAGGUGAGGAGGUGGUGCGAUCCACAGUGCCUGUGAAGCCCCUGAGGAAUAAGAAAGCCCUGUCCUGUGAUGCAGGCACCAGCAGGGACAGCCUCGGUACUGUGGAAAGGCCCCCAAAUCGCAAACCCCCUGUGAAAAAGCCCAGACUCCCCCAGAACAGAAACAAAUCUCUGGACUACCCUGAGCUUUGUCGUCAUCAUCUUCGUCAUCAUCAGAAUCAUCAUCAUCAACAACAUAAUCAUCAGCAUCAUCAUCAUGAUCAUCAUCGCCAUCAUCAUCAUCAUCUUCAUCAUCAACAUCAUCCUCAUCAUCAGUGUCAUCAUCAUCAUCAACAACAUCAUCAUCAGUGUCAUCAGAAUCAUCAUCAUCAUCAUCAACAACAUCAUCAGCAUCAUAAACAUCAUCACCAUCAUCAACUUUUAUUUCAACAGCGGCAGCGCGGCGCCUAGCAACAAGGAACCGUUGUGACGACAGCGGAACUGACCUGAGGGACGCCGCGGAGAAAGGGUUCCCAUGACAACUGGGCAAAUCGGGAAAGGGGGAUAGAGAGAAAAAUAAGGGAGAAAGAGAGUGAGAGAGAUUCUAUAGGCUCACCAGACGUUGUUAACCCUGAAAGUUCUGUCUCCCUACUGCCGAAGCUCAAACAUUCCAACGUUAUACAUCUUCUGAAUAUUAUUUGAGUGGGCGUGGUCAAGUUUACUACCGUGGCCACAGAUGCUCUGUACUGUACAGCACCAGAAGCGCCUGUUACCUACCGAAACCUCCUGCAGUUGACAACCAGAGAGAACGGAAAGGAAAGCAGGAGUUGAGUAUCUGGUGAGUCUAGAGAAUCUGCGCUCAAACGCACACAACAACACGUAACAGUCCUCUUGCCUUUUAGUUCCCAGAAUGCAAUGCAGCAGACAGAUGCAGGAGCUGGGAUUUGAGCUUUAACAGUUUCCUCUGUUUUCGCGCUCUCUCUCUCUCUCUCUCUCUCUCUCUCUACUCAGCUGAUACUGAACUGUUACUUUAACUGUCACUAAGAAGAAAGUGAAACCUUUUUAAAACGUUGGACUCUCUUUCUCUGCACUAACUGCUGUUAAAAUGACUGUGCUUGCAGUUUACUGAGAAGCCAAGAACUGUGAGCCUGUGUAGUAUUUCUAUUAGCAUUAUUACGAUUAUUAUAAUACAUGAAAUUAUUCGGCAGUAUUGGAACAGGUUAUGGGGUGUAUUUUUCUUCGCUAAUUGCGUCAUCAAUGUUAUUGGGCUUUUUUUUUCUCUCUGAUACAUUUUUUGAUCAGUGUUAACAUCGUUUGCAAUGGUUGAAACUUGAAAUAAGCUGUUGAUAGAUUUUUUUAAAAUCAAAUGAAACUAACCGAUUUGUUAUUUAUUUCCUCUUUUCUUGAUUGAAAUGUGUGAUAUAUUUUAUAAAGUAAAAAAACUAUAAAUGACGUUAAUGCUGUGAUAUAUUGACUGAAUAAAGAAGUCUAUGAUGGGAGGCCUAA